AUGUCUGCCGCCAUUUUUGGGGUCUUGAUUGCUCUGUGUGGCUUUGGGAAGCUUCCCGUUGAUGGAAAACCGGUAGUGACGUCAGUAUCUGGUGACUUGCCAGACGUACCACAGGACAGUUUGCUGUCGGAACCAAUUUUCCUGGAGCAGGACUACAAGAGAGAGUCGGACGUUUUUCACUAUGAGAAUUACGUCAUUGAAGGUGCUAGGGUCAGACGUCAAGCUGUUAUGAAUAAGACCCGAAUUUGGCCUGGCGGAGUGGUGCCUUACGUCCUGGACAAAGCAUUCUCACCAGACGAGUUGGCGACGAUUGAAGCGGCUAUGAGGGAAGUGGAGCAGAACGUCGGCAACAGUACUCACCCUUGUGUCAGGUUUAUCCCCAGAACUACAGAAGUCAACUACCUGGACGCUCACGCUGGAGACGGCUGUAGUUCGGUCAUAGGUCUAGAUUUCACUGGGCCCCAGGUGUCCACAUUCGCCCCUGCCUGUGUCAUAAAAGGUUUACUUCUGCACGAGCUGCUCCACACGCUGGGGAUCUAUCACGAGCAGGACCGUUUCGACAGAGAUGACUACAUCAGCAUGAAUGCCACCAACUUGAGAGCGGAUGCCGAGAGAAAUUACGUCCUAAAAAAUAUGAGUGACAUCGACAUUUUAGGUACUAGCUACGACUUCGGCUCCAUCAUGCACUAUGGACCUUACAGCUUCCCCAAGGACCCACAAUACCCUGUUAUGACCCCCAAGCCCAAAUACGCAGCCGGAACUUACAUGGGCCAAAGGUCAGCCAUUGAGUGUUUCAGACGUUCUGAGAGUGCAGAGGUUGUACAGCUGUCCGGAAGACGUCUCACAUAUGCAGUCCGACAUCACAAAAGAUAA